AGCCAGAAACGUCACGCAGCCGUGCAACUGUAAUCCAAGAAGUGAAAGGGGCAGAGUGAGCAGGCACGGCUCAACUUCUAACCCUUAACAAAGGCAAAAACGAUUUCUCGAGGCGCGACCCAAAAAAACAAAACAAAACCGGGGGGGGGGAGUGGAGGUGGAGAAAGGCUGCAACCGCUGCUCAUCAGGCGAGGCUCAAUUUCUGGAGAGGGAGGCGGAAAGGAGACGCUUGAGGAGGCUAUAGCGCUGCCCUGUUGGAUUAUGUGGGGCUCUGGCUGGCGGAGCACACUGGCUUGGAAGUUGCUCAUUACUCAACUUUAUAAGUUUGUUCCCAUUACCAUGGUGCACCAGUUUCUUAAGGUCCAGUUUACCAUCUGACUCAAAAACUACCAAUGUAUCAAUAUACCCAAAAUGCUUUCAAACAGCUGAGGCAAAACUCCAAUAUAAGAAUGAAGAGAUAAAGACUCAGCCAUCAACAAUUCAUGACUGAAAUGGCUACAUAAUUUCCCACUCAUGGACAGUUUUUUGCCUUUUUGUUGGUGUUGCUGUAGUACGGAUGGAUUGUAGUGUAGAUGCAAACAUGGAGUUACGAAGAGCUUCCAGUCCUCAGAAGAUGAACAGGCAUGACAUGGAUGUGGAUAAGUUGGUAUUGCAUAGCUGCUGCAUCUGUGGCAAGAGUUUUCCUUUCCAGAGCUCACUAUCACAGCACAUGAGGAAGCACACUGGAGAGAAGCCAUACAAGUGCCCUUAUUGUGACCACAGAGCUUCCCAAAAGGGCAACUUAAAGAUACACAUUAGGAGUCACCGGACGGGCACUAUCAGCCAGGGGAACGAAGUGGAGGUGGGAGGAGAAGCACAGCUCAGUGAGAUGAGAGUCUCAGAGGGCCUUGAUGGUUGCACCAGCCCUACUAAAAGCACUUCUGCUUGCAACAAGAUAUUGAAUGGAGCAGCUCCUGCAGAAGAUGGCAAGAUCUUGCUUCGAAGCAGCAGAAAAGAGUUGACCACAGAAGCACCUGUUGGGGAUGAUGUUAAGUUAUGCACUCUUCAGUGCACAUUCUGUAAAAACAAGUUUGAAGGGAAGAAAGAAUUGGAACAGCACAUACAUCAGGUCCACAAACCUUUCAAAUGUAGGCUGUGCAACUACAUGACAUUAAGACAGGAGACUCUAUUAAAUCACGUGGAGAGAGACCACAUUACCACUCAGAUUCCAAAUGGGGAAACAUACACUGAAAACUUCAAGACUGAGUCAAGUGCAGGGGAGUUUCCUUGUGAAGUCUGUGGGCAAGCAUUUAGUCAAACAUGGUUCCUCAAAGCUCACAUGAAGAAACAUCGAGGAUCAUUUGACCAUGGGUGCCACAUUUGUGGCAGGAAAUUUAAGGAGCCCUGGUUCCUCAAAAAUCAUAUGAAAUCCCAUGGCCCAAAAUCUGGGAGCAAAAACAAGCCAAAAAAUGAUUUAGAGCCUAUGGCCACUAUUAAUGAUGUCAUUCAAGAGGAGACUAUUGUGUCUGGUUUGUCUCUGUAUGAAGUUUGUACCAAGUGUGGAAACUUGUUUACAAAUAUGGAAAGCCUAAAAUCACAUAAUUCUGUACAUUGUAAGUCUCAAGGAGCCCGGAAUGAAAAAAGAGCUGAGAGGCUCAUUGAUGAAAAUCUAGACCCGUCUAUAGCAAAGCAGUUUUUUCUCCAGUAUCUGAACUUGAGGCCAUCGGUAGGGAUUGAUGGUAUUCCAAGGGGCCAACUGGGGAAAAGAGUAGCUGAGCUGGAUCCAGUCAGUAGUUAUCAAGCUUGGCAUCUGGUUACCAAAGGAAAAGUUGCAGAACCUUCAGAAUAUGUGAAAUAUUUAGGAUGGGAUGAAGUCUUGGCAGAUGCGGAUGUCACGUAUGACAGGGACAAAAGGGAGUAUAUUCUUGUCAGUCAGGAGAAGCGCAAACAAGAGCAGGACUCUCUAAGCUCUUCCAGUCAUCCGAAGAAGAAGACUUGUAGUAGUGGGCGUUCAGAGAAAAGCAGCAGUGCACAGUCAGGGGACAACUGCAUUCUUGCACAAGAUGGCCUUGAGUACAGACCAUCCUCGCGUCAGAGCAGACGGGCAUCACAGAACAAGUCUACUGAGUGCUUUGAGUGUGGAAAGAUCUUCCGCACUUAUCACCAAAUGGUGCUUCACUCCCGUGUGCACAGGAAAGACCGGAGAAGCUUCAGUGAGAGCGGAACAUCAGCUCAGCAAGAUAGAUAUGGUUCAAACAGUGAGGAUGGUGAUUCUGGAUCUGUCAGUGGACCAAGCACACCAAGUUCUGCUUCUGCUCCAGAAGAUUCAGUCACCUCUGGAGUAGGUGAGGAAGGACCUGAAGAUAGUUCAGAGGAAGGAACACAUGAGCCAUCACCAUGUAAAAAGCCAUAUCUCUGCAGCUUUUCUGAAGCAAACACACCUGCGGCAGCUCUGCAAUUUAAUCAUGGAAGAAACAGUACAACAGGAAACAAUGCCAGUGAAACUAAGCCAGAGAUGCCAGCUGUAGCAUCUACACCAGAAAACAAGAUUAAAAAGCCUCUUCAGAAGCAUUCAGAGUGCAAAAUUUCCCCAGAUUCAAAGAGGUCAGCAUUUCAACAAACCCGUGAGUUUCCUUGCUCCAGUAGGAUGGUUGACUUUGUUUCCAGUAUCAACCAAACGUGUUCAGAUGUGAGCUUGGAUAUGCAAACCCCACUGAUGCAAAUUCAGAACAAGUCCUUGAAAGAGAAUCCUCUUGAAAUGCAUGAGCACUCAGUAGUGAUGUUCGGUAGUGAAGCGCAGGCUCCAUUAGAUCUAAGCGAGAAGUCAACCAGGGCUGAAUCACACAAUACGAGUCUUACCUCAACCUUACAGGCUGCUUUGAUUGUCCACCCAUGUCCUUACUGCAGUCAUAAGACUUAUUACCCAGAAGUCCUAUGGAUGCACAAAAGAAUUUGGCAUAAGGUCAGUUGUAACUCUGUGGCUCCUCCUUGGGUUCUUCAAAACGGAUUCAAGAGUAUAAAACAGAAUUCGGUUUGCUUGGCAAGAAAUGGGCGCACUGGACCUCCUCCUGUUUGUGGUGGUAAAGAAUGUCAACCUUUGCCUAUAUCCAGAUUUACACGUACUCAGGUGCCGAUCGGACUGCCAAGAUCCAAAACCAAUUCAUCUGGUCCUGCUGCAACAGUUAAGCCUGGGAGUAUGCCUAAGGAUGCGUUGUCCACUAGUAAUUAUGGGCCACAGUCAUCAGGUAUUGAUGGGUACAGGCAGCCCAAGCUGAACCACACUCAUGAACAAUAUAGCACAGUGGCCCAACAGCACCAGUUGAAAGCAAAAUAUGAAGUUAACUCCAAGAUCAUGCAAGCAGGAAGCUUCAGCAGAAGUUCAACGCCUUCCCAAACAGGUGUAUCUAAACCCAACUCACAGCCAUCCAACAGCAAACAAGCAGAGAAGUAUACAGUUCCCCAAGUAACUGCUGGGUUUGCCCCUGUAAGUAAGCAUUGUAGUUCAGACCCAGGGAAGGCCAAAUUUUUCUGUGCACCUCAGUACCACCCUCCAUGUAAAACUGAGCCAUACAUUACUCAAGAAGAUCCUCCAGUGCCUCAGCAAGAAGCUAAUAUUAAGAAAGAGAAUGACACAAGGGCACUGACAAAUUGUACGGCUGGAUCCGCAGUAAGUCCUCUGACACAACCUCAGCCUAAUGCAGCAGGACCUCCUCCAACUGUACAUUCCACCAAGCAGGAGCCACCAUCUGAAGGGCAUGAGAAGCGUUUGGACAUUUUAAACAUCUUUAAGACCUCCAUUCCAAAGGAUCUGGCUACUUUGUACCAGUCAUGGGGUGCUAAUGGCCCUGUAGUGGAACAUGCUGGGAUGCUUAGGACACAAACGCGCCAAGGAGACUAUCUCUGCAUGGAAUGUGGGAAGGGCUUUACCCAGCCCAGCCACCUCCGGACCCAUCUCAGAUCUCACACAGGUGAGAGACCAUUCCAGUGCAGAUAUUGUCCAUACAGUGCCUCUCAGAAAGGGAACCUAAAAACACACGUCCAGUGUGUACACCGGGUACCUUUUGACAACAGCCAGUACCCUGAUCGGCGUUUCCAACAGACUCCACAUAAUUAUUCCAACAACCCCAUGGAAGAACAGCUGGGAAACAUCCUUGCAAUCCAUCCAGUCCCUGGAGCAACUGUGUUAUAGCAAGAUCUGUGUUCUGUGCUUUGCUAGAACAGUGAUGCCUCUGAACUGUUAAUCAUUUUAAAAUAAAUGAAGAAGCUACACAAGAUAUAUACAAAUUGACAUACUAAUCAGUCCCCACGGUUCCUUAUUUCCUUUAUAAUAAACAGUGGAGUUGGCAAGCUUUGUGGUGGUGCAAGGCAUCUAUAUUAAUCAAGAUAACUUUUUUAGACACUGGAAAAAAUUAAACUUUAUAUGAUUUGGAGGGCGGCACUGCAAGAAAAUCCUCCCUCGUGGUUGUUUUGAUAUGUUUUAUUUUUAUUCUUUUUAAACCAGGGCGGUUUUGGGAAUGUGGGAAGGAGUGAUUAAUGAAGCUGUCAUGCUGGAAAAAACCAACUCCUUAAAAAAGAGAAAGGAAAAGAAAAGCAAGGAAAAGAAAAGCAAAAGCAAAAUGGAGGAGCCAUUCAGUGCUGUGAAAGCCAAGCCUGAUGAAGGAUGAAAGGGACUGAAGGGAGAAGCAAGCCAUCAGUCUGCAGUGAAGUUGUUUCAUGGUAGUUUGGGGACCACUUGUAUUUCCAGUGGACUUAUCCUUGACUGCACACCAUUAAUAGUACGUGAAUAUGGAAAUUGAAACACUCUUAAGAAAUGCUUCUCUUCUCACUAUGGAAAGAACCGAAAACAGCUAGUCAAACACUAAGAAGAAAACAGGCGUGUGUUCUUUUUUUUAAAACUCUCAGGGCCUUUCUAUUUGUUUGUUUAUUCUGCUUUUUCUUUCUUUAACACUGCUGUGUCCUGUGACCUGAUCACUAAGGAAAUGUGCAUGCUUUUAAAAAAAAAUUAAAAGGAGGAAAAAUACUCAAUUCAGCUGUUUAAAGCUGUUGAUUUGUAUGCUUUUACUAUUAGAAAAAGAGGUGUUCCAGCAGAUGUAGGCCUUUAGGGUACAGGAUGUGCCUGUAUUUUUGUGCAUUUACCCUUUCUGGGCCCUGGUGACAAUUUGAAAAAAGACGAAUUCCUUCUUUGUGGUGGCAGGUCAGUGUUCAUCUAACAUGUUAUGUCUUGUACUUGGUUGGGAAUCACUGGGGUAAGGGGCAGAGAAUGACACCUUUAUAUACCUCUUCUACAGUAACUCUUUUAAAUGCAAGUUUUCAAGGUAGGGGGUGAGAGCGGCAGGUUGUUAACCAUGCAGUGUCUGCAAUUUAUUAAAAAUGUAUUCCACAGGUAAAAUAUUUUCUUUUCCUUUAUUGCUGUGACACUGUGUGUGAUGGUAAUAAUUCAGAGUUUCAGUUUUUGCACACAUAAGUUUAUGCAUCAUCAGCAUAAAAAUAUGCUGCCUUGAAAAAAUAUUCUGUGAAUUUCUUUUGCAAAGACGAAGGAGAGGGAGGAGGAGGAGGAGAAGCUUUAUUAGUUUUUUUAUUGUAACAUUUUUGUAAAGGCAGGAAAUUGAUUUUUUUUAAAAAAACGAGCAUGCUAAUUAUAUUUUUCAACAAAGCAAUAAUUUUACAUGUACAGAAAUGGCGCUAACCUUUUAAUACUAAUCGAGAGCAACCGUUUACUUUCUACAAUAAUCGGAUAGUGCUGUUUUUGUAGUAAAUGGGCUUCUUAUACGAGCAUUUUUAAUAUGUAAUUUGUUUCUGUUCUAAUGUUGUUUUGUCUGUAUUUGACUUGGGAUACUAUUUGUUUCAAAUGACUUGACUGUUCUUGCUUUGCAGUUGUUGACAAUAAUGUUGUAACUUUAAUAUGUAAUUUGCUGGUUUGGGAUUUUCAUUUAUUCCACAUAGUUACACACCAGCUGUAUGCCAACUAUAAUCCUGGUGUAGCUAAGAAUGUCUGUGCAAAUGCCUAUAUAAGUGAUUGUAAUCAGCUUUCUUUUGAAGUUAUCUUGCAGAAAUUCACAUAGACACAUUCCACGCUCCUUCCUCUUUCCUUGUCUCCCACUCCAACCUCAUCUCUCAGCCCUCCAAUCUCUUUUUCUGUAUUAAAUAACAGUUGAUCAAUUUGGGAUUCACACUCAAGUGCUAAUUUACUUUAUUGAGCACUUAUGGUAUUUCUUUGAACUAAACAGGUGACGAUUUGGAAUGCACAAAGAUAACUUAUUUGCCUGUUUAUGGUUUGCAGUUAUUAAAAUUCCUUCUGUCCCAUCCCCCUGUUCCCCGGAAGUUAUGUAAGUGUCAUGCACAACUAUAAUGUUUAUUUGUUGGUUGAUUUGUGUGUGAGCGUCUUUCUUUCUUUCUUUCUUUCUUUCUUUCUUUCUUUCUUUCUUUCUUUCUAUUUUAAUUUUGGGAAUGAAGGGUUUUUGUUUUUGUUUCUGUUUUGGUAACUGAUAUGGAAGGAUCUUAGUUAAUAUUUAGAGUUUAAAAACUCUUCCUGAAGACAGCUUAUUUCAUGACUGUCUGACAGAGAGAGAAUGUGGGGGGAAAAGAGAGAGGGGAAAGUGCUGUCACUGCCAUUACCAGGGUACUAAUCAGCAAAGUUUACAAUCAUAAUUUAGCUACAUGAAGAACAACAGCAGGGGAAAUCAGUUUAAAUAAUUAUAUGCUGUGUAUAGCACAGAAAUGAGAUUUUCACUUAAUUAAACAAGAAAUGGGAAGGGAGGGGGGAGCUGUUACUGAAGACCAGCCAUUUUCACGUGUGAAUCCCAAGCACUGUAAUCUCCUUUAUCAUCCAAAUUGUAUCGAUUUGUUAAUUCAGUUAGACCCUAGUACUUAGUAUGAUUUGUGUUCUUAUUUAUUUAGCUCUUUGGGUUUCAAAUAGCCUUUAAAAAUAAGAAAGAAACUUGAUAAUUUUGUAGCAUGACACACUUUGUAAGCCAUCUUCUGACUGUUACAGAGAUUCUGCUACCUCUAUCGAUUUGUUUCUUUUCCUUAACAGGUUUUCUACAGUGUUGCAGUCUAAUGUACCUUAGACAAUAAAGGGUUCAAUUAUGAGCACUGCA